AAAAAAAAAAAAAAAAAACCAACCCCCCAACAACAAAAAACCAACCCCAUGAAGGGGUCUUUGAAAGAGACACUUAUUCAUUUCUCUCUCUCGAUCAGAAUACUGAAAAAGAGUUAGCCAUGGCACGCUUUAUUGUAGGCGAAUUGUAUUCCACUGAAAAGUCUUUUCACAGGUUUUUAAUCUUUAUACGCAAGAAUUAUAUGGAGCCCAUGAAAGCCGCUACUCUCACCAAAAAUCCUCUUGUCAAAACAAACGAUGUACAGUUGCUCUUUUGUCAUCUUCCUGAACUGAUCGCUGUUUCUGAAAAAAUACUCGUCCGAUUGGAGCAAUACGCCAAACAGGGUCAUGAACUACCACACAAGGUCAGUCCUAGUAUCGCCGUCGGUCAGAUUUUCACAGAUUUGGAAGAAGAUUUCGUCAUCUUUUUAAAGUAUGCUAUCCAUUAUCAAAGCUACAUGAAAGCGAUUCGAAGAGCAAGCACCUCGAGUUUUGUAAUGAAGAUAGAUACUGAAUCCAAGAGAGUAGCCAACGCCGGCAUUCAUCAUCGUUUGGGCUUAGCAGACUAUCUCAUUGCCCCUUUUCAAAGAGUGCCUCGUUAUGAAUUAUUAUUAAAAGGUAAUGUAUUUUUACUGCGAGGACGCAAUCGACACUAGAUGCGUAGACGUAUUCACCAUGCUUGUUUCCAUUCUAGAUCUUAUUAAACAUACAGAUCUGUCCUCCAUGGGUUCUGAAGAAGGUGGCAAUGACUUGGUUUAUGCCAAGAAUAUCAUUAGUGGUUUGGCUGCUACGAUGAACCGAGUGCAAGAAAAGAUUUCCAAGUCUCUGUUCUCCACAUCUUUUUACACCUUCCAUCCUCCACCCUCUCCAGCCACUGUCAGCGUAACAUCACCAUAGAUAUCCCCUCUUUUUUUUUAACAAAAAAAAUAAUGUAUUAUAUACCAUUCUAUCUUUUAUAGGGUUUUUUUUUUUGUCGUUUGACAUUAUAUAUAAAUAUAGAUAUAGAUAUCACUUUUAUUUUAUUUUUCCUCCUUUGCACAAUGUAAAUAUGUCCUAUAAUUAUAUCCAUUCUACAGUGCUAUCUUGUACAUCAUCAAUAAAAAAGCAUUCUUUUUCAUAUGCCAAACGUAUGCAGAGACCUAU